AUGUCGCCCCUCAUGGAUCAACUGCUGUAUGAAAUUGUGGCGAUGAAGGUUUUCACACCAGGAGAAUCAGAAUUUUCGAACCCAAUGUCUGUGCAGCGGCAGCUGCGGAAGGAGGUUUUGGUGCCCUUGAGACGAGCCUUGUCACCAGCCAGCCAAGAAGGUGCCACUGCCAACAAGUGGGGUUAUGAUCAACGCCUGGUGUACGGCCGAGAGCCGGAUACUCUCUCUGUGGUUCACAAGUAUAUGGUGGCGCUGAGAACAGCCAUUACUGCAGCCGAGUCAAAGUCCGAGUCUGUGUCCGAGAGCAUGAUUGAGGCCGGUGCUGUGCUUCCACACGGGAUCGCACGCUGCGCCGUGGAGUAUAAUGGUCUUUACGAGCGAGCAGCUGAGCUUCUGUGGAAGAGAAUGACGGAGGACGUGUAUAAAAAGCAGGGGAGGCUGAACAACUGCUUGGCUGUGUGUGACGCGGGGGCGUUGGUGUCGCAAAAACCCUCAGCUGUAUUUGGUACGGGGCGAAGAUCUCAAGAGUUCAGCUUUAUGCACAGUGUAGAGGAGUGUGAGGACUGGGAGGUUGAUCUGGGGAAGGUGUUUGAUUUGAUUCUUGAAGCGGCGGUCAAUGAGAACGUGAAAGCAGAGAAGAUGGUGAGGAAAGUGUUUGUGUUCACCUUCUUUAAACAGUUCAGCGACGGCUGCUGGAAGCCUCGCGGCGGGGAUUAUGAGGAAAUCCAGAGGAAGUUUAAGGAGAAGGGGUAUGCCGUGCCGCACUUGGUGAUUUGGAAUCUCAUCAGUGUGGGGUAUGCGCCAUGGCGUACUGAAGAGCCAGGGGUGACGUUGUUGGGUGGCUUCUUGGAGGCCAUGCUCAAGUGCUUCUUGGACAAUGACGGCCAACUUGACCCCGACCAGGUCAUGGAAUUAGACAUCUCCGGCCAAGGCUAUCAAACUUUGGCUGUCUUCGACUGA